AUGGGGAGGAUCGAUCCGAAGCGAAACUCAGUUAUGUUCACCAGGAAUGAAGGCCAAAAAUGUCUGUUCGCCUUGGCUGACAAACAUCUUUAUACCACGUCGUGUUUGGAGCAUGUUCUGGGGAUCAUCAAUCAGUGUAAGCAAAAUUCUGAAGAUGAUAAGAAGUACUUCAAUGACAUGAUCCACUGGUAUAUUCAUUUCAGACAAACUAUUCUUGCCAUCAUUCCUUGCCUGUUCGACACCACAAAGAAGGUUAAUGCAGCAGGAUCCAAUUUUGAUGAUCCGGAGUUCCUACAAAAUCUUCGUGAAGAAUUAAGAAACAUCCAAGAAGGUGGAAAUCGAAGGCAACCCCGCCGUGGUGAACAUAGGGUUGUGGAAGAAUUCAAGGUGUCUGAAUUGCCUGAAUUUGCUGGUGGAACUGAUCCUGAACGCUACUUGGAGUGGGAAAGGAAGAUUGAAAGAAUGUUCGAGUUCAAAGAAGUGGAUGAUGAAAAAAGCUGCAAGUAUGCCAUUCUCAAGCUAAGUGGUGGUGCUUCAUUGUGGUUUGAAGGGCUUAAGGCCAAGAGAACCCGUGAAGGCAAAGAAAAAAAUUGUUCUUGGCUUUCUCUAAAACGAAAGCUAAGAAAGAGAUAUGUUCAUUCUACUCAUAGAAUUGCCACUUACAAGAAGAUUGCUGAUUUGAGGCAAGGAAAAAUGAGUGUUGGAGAAUACAUUGAGGAAUUUGAGAAGUUGUCCUUGAUGGGGGAUAUUGAAGAAAUUGAAGAACAAAAAAUGACUCGUUUUCUAAAAGGGUUGAACUACAACAUUGCCAAUGUUGUGGAGUUGUAUCCUUAUGCUGAUUUUGGAACUCUUUGUGGUUUGUGUUUGAAGUUGGAGGGGCAAGCCAAAGCACAUUAUGGUGGGAGUUCAAGUUUAAGUCUCGAAAAUCCCAAGUCAAAGUCGUGGUCCAAGCCCGAGUCUAGCAAUAGACAAAAUUCUGUUUCUCCUUCUGGUUCUAGUAGUGUUCCCGUUGCUCCCAAACUUACUAGUGGUACCAAAGAAACUAGUUUGGCGAAAAUUAGAUGUUUCAAGUGUCAAGGUUUUGGUCAUUACCAAAAUGCUUGUCCAAACAAAAGGGUGGUGACUUUAAGGGAGGCCAUUGAAUGUCGUGAAGAGUUGGAGGACGAAGAGAGGUUGGCGGGUAUUUUUUAUGAUACACAACAAGAAGAGGAAGAAGAGGAGGAGGUAGAGUAUGAAGCACCGGUGUAUGAUACAGUUUUGGUGCUUAGAACCCUUAAAACUCAAGGGGUUCAAACCGUGGCUGAUAUGGAUCAACGAGACCAAUUGUUUCACACCAAAUGUUUGGUUAGUGACAAGUGGUGUAGUUUGAUUAUUGAUGGUGGAAGUUGUACUAAUGUUGCUUCUAAUGAAAUGGUGACCAAAUUGGGUUUGUCUACUACAAACCACCCAAAACCAUAUGUUCUUCAUUGGUUGGAUGAUGGAAGCAAAAUAAAGGUGACAAAACACGUUAGAGUUGGUCUAACUAUCGGGUCUUAUGAAGAUGAAGUGUUGUGUGAUGUUAUUCCUAUGGAUGCAUGUCAUAUUUUGUUGGGGCGUCCUUGGCAAUUUGAUAGGGACGUGUUACAUAGAGGGAGGAGCAAUGAAUAUGAGUUGAAACACAAUAAUAAAAAAAUUGUGUUAAAACCCAUGUCCCCAACGGCCAUAAGGUCCAUGAAUUCUAAACAAGUAAAAAAACCUAAUCUUUCUAUGUUUGCUAGUGAAAGGGAGGUGGAGCAAGUUCUUGACAAAGGUGAUGUUAUCUACAUGCUUGUGGCCAAAGAGCAUGCAAAGGUGGAGAAGAUGGUGCAUGGAGAAAACGCUAUUGCUGAUUUGCUUUUGGAGUUUCAAGAUGUGUUUCCAAGCGAAUUACCACCGGGUUUGCCUCCAAUCCGUGGUAUCGAACACCAAAUUGACCUUAUUCCGGGUGCUCCUUUGCCUAAUAAAGCUGCCUAUAGAUGUAAUCCGGAGGUGACAAAAGAGUUGCAAAAACAAAUUGAUGAACUCAUGAAAAUGGGUUAUGUUCGUGAAAGCCUAAGUCCUUGUGCUGUUCCAGUUUUGUUGGUUCCAAAAAAAGAUGGUUCUUGGAGGAUGUGUGUUGAUAGUAGGGCUGUUAAUAACAUCACCAUAAAAUACCGAUUUCCUAUUCCUAGAGUUGAUGAUUUGUUGGACGAGUUGCAUGGUUCUAUUGUGUUCUCAAAAAUUGAUUUGAGAAGUGGUUACCAUCAAAUUCGUAUGCGUGAAGGGGAUGAAUGGAAAACAGCCUUUAAAACUAAACAUGGAUUGUUUGUGGUUGUGUACCUUCAUGAUAUCUUGGUAUAUAGCAAGAGCUUGGAGGAUCAUUUGGUGCACUUAAAACAGGUUUUCGAGACGUUUAGAGCUCAAAAACUCUAUGGCGAAUACAGUCUCCAUCAUAAUGGCGAAUACAGGGAAUCUCCCAAAGUGCAACAAGUGCAGUCUCCAUCAUAA